AGAAAGCUCAGUCCUCACAGCUUCAUGAAAGCAAAACUGAGGAGAACAGAGAGGCAGAGAGAACAGGAGCUGAUGGAGACAAAUGGCGAGGACUAGAACCAGCCAGGUACUUGGAUCCAGAUAGUCCUUUACAACCAGCUACUCAUGACAAGACUUCAGACUCCUCUGAACCUGAGACUGAUGACAGUGGUGACUGGGAGGAUACUAGGGAACCUCAGUCAGGUUUAAACUCUCUGCAAAACAAUGAAGAACCUGGAAGUGAUGUAGAACCUCUGCAGAAACACACUGGAGUCCCAAAAGAAGUGAAACAAUUUUGUUGCUCACUUUGUGGUAAAAGAUUCUCUCGGAAGUACUCCUUAACCACUCACAUGAGACUUCAUUCAGAAGGAAAACAUUUGACCUGCUCAGUUUGUAAAGCAAUUUUCUCUCUCCGCAGCAAUUUGGCUGUGCACAUGAGAACUCACACAGGAGAGAAACCAUUUAGCUGUUCAGUAUGUAGUAAAAGAUUUGCACAGUUGCCAACUCUGAAACACCACUUGACUGUCCACACUGGGGAGAAACCAUUUAGUUGUUCAUUUUGUAGAAAAACAUUUUCACGCCAUAGCAAUCUGACACGGCACUUGACUGUCCACUCCGGAGAGAAACAAUUUAGUUGUUCUGUUUGUGAUAAAAGAUUUACGGACUAUAGUAAUCUGAAACGACACUUGACUAAACACACCGGGGAGAAACCAUUUAGUUGUUCAGUUUGUAGGAAAACAUUUUCACGCAAUAGCAAUCUGACACGGCACUUGACUGUCCACACUGGGGAGAAACAAUUUAGUUGUUCUGUUUGUGAUAAAAGAUUUACGGACUAUAGUAAUCUGAAACAACACUUGACCGUCCACACCGGGGAGAAACCAUUUAGUUGUUCAUUUUGUGCCAAAGUAUUUGCACACCACAGUAAUAUGAGGCAACACUUGACUGUCCACACUGGGGAAAAAUCAUUUAGUUGUUCAGUUUGUAGACAAAGAUUUUCACGCCAUAGCAAUCUGACACGACACUUGACCGUCCACUCCGGGGAGAAACCAUUUAGUUGCAGUGUUUGCGAUAAAAGAUUAAAUCGACAGGAUAGCAUCAAAAGUCACAAGUGUGUUGGUGAGAGCGGCGGAAAUGCACAAAGCUGCACAGAUGCUUGCUGAGCCAAUUGUCUUCAAGCAGGAAGUACUGACUGUAGGGAUUAUUAUUGAAGUUACAAAACAGUUGAAAACAACAGUGAAAACACCUUGAACUGUGAAAUUUCCCUUACAUUUUUAUCCCCCGUUUUUCCCAAUCAGAACAAGACAAAAUAAGAGCUUAUAUGCAAAAAGUAAUGUGCAAAUAAUGUUUUUCCUCAAUAACUAUGUAUUUGUGAUCGUUAGGAGCCAAAAUUAAAAGUUUAACUGCAAAACCCUACCUAAGAGAGCAAGACUUGGUUUAAGACUAAUCAGCUAAAAACUGUCAGACUUUAAAAUGAUCCUGUACAGCAAAGAUGAAGCUACACAACAAUUUAAAUUCUGUUUUUAUUUGUCUUUAUUUUACUUUUUCUAGCUGCUUUACUUUUUUCUUAUUACAUUUAUUCACUGAUUAGACUUUUAAAUGUUCUAAAAGUAUUUUUGUUUCCCAAACAGCACUAUGGGCAACAUUUGUGAUUUAAAGCUAUAGUGCGUAAUUAUUAAAGGGGUGAUCAAAUGAUUAUAUAGGGUAUUUCACACUGUUCCG